AUGGCUGCUGAGGAAGCCAUCCGAACGGUAUCGGCCCUGGCCACGCAACUCGUGAACCAGAUCUCCGUGCAUAUGCUCAACUACCUCAGCACCACUCAUGACCUACCCGAUGGCUUUCGUGAGCUUUCGCACACCUUCCUCGACACUUGCCGUACCUUGUGGGCCAUUGAGGUCGGGGUGACUGAAUUGGCCGCCGCCAACCGCGCCCUACCAGCGGUCAUCAUAGAUGAGGUGGAGAAGAAAUAUGUCGCUGCAUACCGCGACUUUCAACACCUUGAGAAGGUUAUUCUGAAACUCGUCCAGUAUGAGCACCGUGGGACGCUGGGAAAGAUUCAGCGAGGAUGGCAUCGCCCGGGUCAUGAACUCAAUCGCAUUCACGACUCGUUGAAGACCAACGAAACUCUUCAAAUUAGUGGCAUGGCCUUCCACUGGUCCCUCGGAGAAGCGCACCCGGAAGAAUCGGUGGGAACAGGGUACGCGAGUUUGGCAGCCGCCCUCGACCGCAUAGCCAAAGGCCGGUCUGUGAUGGCCGUGAACAAAACCCCGUCGAUCGACUCUGACCGUUCGCCACCAUCUACCCAAAGGCAGUCGCCCAAUUCCAUGCGGCCAACGCCUGCCGUGCCCCCGAAAGCACCAUCCAUCAUUCAUAGCCCAAAAUAUAUGCCAGCCGAAGAUCCCAAGCAAGACCCUCCUCAACAAGAUUCUGGAAGUGUUGCGGAUGGUAUCACGGAUGAUAUGUCCUCCAUCCUCUCCCUGAACACAUUCUUUCGCUCUCACCCCGGCUCUGAGGCUGGAAUUCGCCCCUCCUUCGACCAUCGUUUGCUGCCGCCCCGGUCAGCCGAGUCAAUCUCCACGGCCUCUGCAGAAACCAGCAUGCCGCAUGACAGCGACACGGAUCUCGACCUAGGGCUACUUAUCAAGCCCACUCUGUCGAAACCAGACGCAUUUCCCUUGCUGCGCCCCCAACUCAGCCAGACGAUAGCUGUUACUGGCCCCAAUGUUGGAAAUAGUUUCGUCUCCGCUAUACGGGGGCGUGAGCACAGCUUAAUCGAGCAGCUACUAGCGAGCGGGGUGUCGCCGGACAAGCAUGGGAACUUUCAUCCGCUGAACGAGGCUGUUACCCAACGUGACAUCGAGAGCAUGCGGCUAUUGCUAAUUUUCAAAGCGAACCCCAACACCCCGGAUUCGCUGGGCAAAACGCCACUUCUUCUGACCGUCGAGCAGUCAUUUGUGGACUGUGCCAUAAUUCUGCUGGAUCAUGGCGCGGACGUGGAUUAUCGGGCAAAGCCAGAGCUCGAGUCACCUCUGAGUUAUUCCAUGGCCAAUAGCAAGGUCAACCUGACGCAAACACUUCUCGCUCAUGGUGGCAACCCCAAUGAAGCAACGCGCAAUGGCUCAACAUUACUGAUUGAGGCAAUCCGCAAACGGGCACCGCAGAAACUCAUUGAGGUCUUACUGGAGGCCGGUUGCGACCCCAACCGCAAAGACAAUCACGGAAAGACGGCGUUAUGCGAAGCGGUCCAAAGCGACCAACCGGCCAUCGUCACAACCCUAUUGGAUCACAACGCAAACCCCAACCUGCCGGGCCCUGAGCACGCCCUCUGGUCCGAGGUCUACCGCCCAGGCUGCCUGCGUAUCCUGCUCGCGCGCGGCGCUGAUACCCGAAAAGCUCCUGGUCUCAUGGAGCAAGCGACAAGCGUUAACAGCAUCGACGCUGUCCGUGUUCUGCUGCAAGCUGCCAUCCGCGAUGACCGUCCAGAUAUCAUCGCGAUGCUUCUAAGUCACGGUGCUGACGCUAAUUUGAUGGCGUCCGAGUACCCAGCUUGGAAAUGUAUCACUCAUAACCGCCUGCACUUCCUUCCGGAUUUGGUGGCGGCAGGUGCUGACCUCCACCAACCACCUGGCAUCGUCGAAUGCGCCGUGCAGCUGAACAACAUGGAGGCUAUGCACUGGCUCGUGGAGCAAAGAAAGGCCAAUCCAAACGACCGCAACGCCCAAGGCCACAUGGCUCUGACUACCGCGAUCCGCGAGAACCGUCCGGAGAUUUUGGAAUGGCUGCUAGCGCAUGGCGCCGAUCCCAACCUCCGCGGCCAAGGCUGGCCCGUGUAUAUGGCGACUAAGUCACCGACUUUGAUGCAGCUCCUACUACCCUCCAUCACCGAUCUAGCCGCGCACAAGGGUGUCAUUGAGAAGGCAGUACAAGCGAAUCAACUAGAAAAUAUCAAGUUGCUACUAGCGGCCGGCGCCAAUGUAGAAUGGAAGAACGGCGGCGUCGCUGCGCGAACGCCACUCGGACAUUGUGCAUUUCAAGCUGGUGCCGAUCCCAAUGCUCCCGGUGAACAUUUGCCGCUAGUCAAGGCGAUUCGUCGAUGCGACGACGGUGACUUUUCCAUGAUCAAGUUACUACUCGAUAAAGGAGCGGACCCGAAUACGUGCUAUCGUGAUUGGAACGCCAUCAUGCAAGCUAUCGAGAAUCGUGAUCUUCGGCUGCUGCAAUUAUUGAUUGAAGGGGGUGGUCGUGUUGACCUUGCUGAGAAGGAUGAGACGGGCCAGACGGUUCUGGAUAUGGCUGAAUCUUCUGGCUGGCUGGAAGGAACUCAACUCCUGAUGGAGAAUUCGACACAAUGA